CAGCGCGCGAGAGAAAGAGCGGGAGGAGAGAGAAGACAGUGACUGCAGUUGCAUGCUCUCUCUCGACGUUGGAUGGAUGUUGUUGUAAGAGCAUCUGUAACUGGUAGGAAAGGAGUGGGGAAGAGGGGGUAUACACUAACUCACCAAGGAAAGAUCUAUGCUUGGAUUUCGGAUCUUUUUUCUUCGCCAAUGCAAAAGGAAAUAUGCAGCGAAGCUUCACCCUCCUGUACACCAGUUUUCUGGGGAUGUGCUUGGGUUCAAGUUUUCCAAGUAACAUCAAUAUAGGGGGACUAUUCCCAACCGAAUCUCACGAAUAUGAGGUGUUUCGGUUCGCGCUCUCGCACCACCAGGAUAUCCCCAAACUGGUGCCGCAGGUGGAUAUGGUCAAGAUGGGCAACAGCUUCUCCAUGACAUAUGCCUUCUGUUCCCAGUUCUCUAAAGGUGUCUAUGCUAUCAUUGGCCUCUACGACAGGAAGACGGUCAACAUGCUGAUGUCGUUCUGCGGGGCGCUGCACGUGUGUUUCGUCACGCCUUCCUUCCCCAUCGAGACGGCCAACCAGUUUGUGAUCCAGCUGAGACCCGAGCUACAGGACACUCUGGUGGGGGUCAUAGACCACUACGGAUGGACCAAGUUCGUCUACAUGUACAGCUCAGAUUCUGGCCUGUCUGUGCUGCAGAAGGUCCUGGACACGGCUGCUGAGAGGAGCUGGCUGGUGACGUCUGUCAACGUGGAGACCAUGACGGAGACCUCGUUCCUCAAGGUGUUCCAAGACCUGGACAAGAGGAAGGAGGGACAGAUCAUCAUCGACUGUGAGACCGAAAGACUCACCUCCAUCCUCAAAAAGAUCGUUGAACACGGGAAGAAUGCUAAGAGUUACCACUACAUCCUGGCCAACCUGGGUUUUCUGGACAUUGAUCUAACGGACCUGAGGAAAGGAGGGGCCAACAUCACAGGCUUCCAGCUGGUCAACUACACAGAGCAGAACGUCAGCCGUACCAUUCAGCAGUGGAUGGAGUUUGAAAACAAAGAUGCCAAAUUCCCCAAGAGACGCCUGAAGUACACCGGAGCGUUGACAUAUGAUGGGGUGAAGGUGAUGUCUACAGCAUUCCAGAACCUUCGGAAACAGAGGAUAGACAUCUCUCGCCGUGGCAACGCAGGCGAAUGCCUUGCCAACCCGCCGGCUCCAUGGGGCCAAGGCAUAGAUAUACAGAGAGCCCUGCAACAGGUGCGUAUCCAUGGCCUGACAGGUCAUAUCCAGUUCAAUGAGAAAGGACGCAGGACCAACUUCACGGUCAGUGUCAUGGAGCUAGCCCCCUCUGGACCUAAGAAGGUGGGUUACUGGAACGAGGACGAGAAGUAUGUGAGCACAGCCACCUUUAUGAGAGGAAGCAAUGACAGCAGCUACGGCCUACAGAACAGGACCUACAUAGUUACCACCAUCCUGGAAUCCCCAUACGUGAUGCUGAAGAAGAACCAUGAUCAGCUGUCAGGGAACGAUAAGUACGAGGGUUACAUCGUGGAGCUAGCGGCUGAAAUCGCCAAGCACGUUGGAUACCACUACAAACUGAAGGUGGUCUCAGAUGGGAAAUAUGGAGCCAGAGACUCCGAGACCAAGAUGUGGAACGGCAUGGUUGGAGAGCUGGUGUAUGGGAAAGCAGACGUGGCGGUAGCCCCGCUGACCAUCACCCUGGUCCGAGAGGAGGUGAUCGACUUCUCCAAGCCCUUCAUGUCUCUGGGUAUCUCCAUCAUGAUCAAGAAGCCCACCAAGUCUAAACCAGGUGUCUUCUCCUUCUUGGACCCGCUGGCCUAUGAGAUCUGGAUGUGUAUCGUGUUCGCCUACAUCGGUGUGAGUGUGGUCCUGUUCCUGGUGAGCCGCUUCAGCCCCUACGAGUGGCACGCAGAGGACUAUGAGGAGGGGGCCGACCCCCAGACCCCAACCCAGCCGACGGGGCCCGGUACUGGGCAACAGUCGGGGCAGAGCCCUGGUCAGCAAGGCCAGAACCAGCAGAAUCAGGAACAGACCAACGAGUUUGGCAUCUUCAACUCUCUCUGGUUCUCCCUGGGAGCCUUCAUGCAGCAGGGAUGUGACAUCUCACCCAGGUCUCUGUCAGGGCGGAUAGUGGGUGGCGUGUGGUGGUUCUUCACUCUCAUCAUCAUCUCGUCCUACACAGCCAACCUGGCUGCUUUCCUCACAGUGGAGAGGAUGGUGUCCCCCAUAGAGAGUGCUGAGGACCUGGCUAAACAGACUGAGAUCGCCUACGGAACUCUGGAUGCUGGUUCCACCAAAGAGUUCUUCAGGCGGUCUAAGAUCGCAGUGUUUGAGAAGAUGUGGUCGUACAUGAAGUCGGCCGACCCCUCAGUAUUUGUGAAGACCACAGACGAGGGAGUGAUGAGGGUCAGGAAGUCUAAAGGGAAGUACGCCUACCUGUUAGAGUCCACCAUGAACGAGUACAUCGAGCAGAGGAAACCCUGUGACACCAUGAAGGUGGGGGGGAACCUGGACUCUAAAGGAUACGGUAUCGCCACGCCCAAGGGCUCACCCCUCAGAAACCCUGUUAACCUGGCCGUGUUAAAACUGAACGAGCAAGGCCUGUUGGACAAACUGAAAAACAAAUGGUGGUACGACAAGGGCGAGUGUGGCAGCGGGGGCGGGGACUCCAAGGAUAAGACGAGUGCGUUGAGCCUGAGCAACGUGGCCGGAGUGUUCUACAUUCUGAUUGGAGGGCUGGGCCUGGCCAUGCUGGUGGCGUUGGUGGAGUUCUGCUACAAGUCGCGAACCGAGUCUCAGAGAAUGAAGCAGAACAUCAACGACGCCAUGCACUGCUCCUCCAUGACCAGAAUGAGUGGGAACGGGAAUGGGGGAGGAGGAGGAAUAGGUGGAGCAGGAGGAGAGAACGGACGCAUCCUAACUCACGACUUCCCCAAAACAGUCCAGACUCUCCCCUGCAUGAGCCACAACGCCAGCAUGGGGCUCAGCGCCUCUGGCAUGUAAUCACAUGACCUGGCACAAGGGGCUGAGCAGGAGACUGACUCAUAGACCUUACAAAGAUGACCACAUUAAUGGUGACAUUGACCUUAUGAACAUGGCCGUCUUUCUGACACUUUGUUUAUGUGGUGGCUGCGUGAUGUGUCCGAGACAGACUUCAAUACUUCUGCCAAAUGCAUUCUGAAAUCACUCAUUACAAACAGGAGAAACAUGUAGAUGGAGAAUAAAAAUUUAAAUAAAAGAAGAUGAGGAACAUGUUGCUACAAAAAGGAGCCAUUGUUGGGCCGAGAUGUUUUUUUUCUUUUAUUCAGACUUUUUGAAACAAGGUGUUAAUUUCUGUGUAAAAAAAAGAGAGAACUAUCCCGUAAAUGCCUCAAGACCUGCCCUGAGAUGACCUUCUCUGCCCUGCCUUGGGCUGACUUUCUCUGCCCUGCCCUGACUUUCUCUGCCCUGCCCUGAGAUAACCUUCUCUGCCCUGGGUUGACCUACUCUGCCCUGACCUGCCUUUCUCUGCCCUACCCUGCCCUGAGCUGACCUGCCCUGAGAUGACUUUCUCUGCCUUGCCUUGGGCUGACUGUCUCUGCCCUGCCCUGACUUUCUCUGCCCUGCCCUGACCUUCUCUGCCCUGCCCUGCCCUGAGAUAACCUUCUAUGCCCUGGCCUGGACUGACUUUCUCUGCCCUGCCCUGAGCUAACCGUCUCUGCCAUGCUCUUCUCUGCCCUGCCCUUCUCUUCCCUACGCUGACCUUCUCUGCCCUGGGCCGACCUACUCUGCCCUACCCUGACCUUCUCUGCCCUGGGCCGACCUUCUCUGCCCUGCCCUGACCCUUUCUGCCCUACACUGACCUUCUCUGCCCUGGGCUGACCUUCUCUGCCAUACCCUGACCUUCUCUGCCCUGGGCCGACCUUCGGUGCCCUACCCCGACCUUCUCUGCCCUACCCUGACCUUCUCUGCCCUACCCUGAGCUGUGGCCGUUCUAUUGACUACUGUUAGUCUGUCUGUCUGUCUGUAAUAUCUCAGUUCGCUACCUACUCUCUCUGACCAUUUACUUAGUGAAGACGGAUCACAAAAUAGGAUUUGUUUUUGUCUUUACACAGUUAAAAGACAAUAAUGAUAAUAACGCUGAUUGACUAUUAAGAUGAUUUGAUAUUUGUGUGUCUCUGGCUUCUCUCGUGUGUGUUUUUGGACACAGUUACACGCGCUAUGUUGGAAAGGCAUCAUGAACUGGAACACAAGCAUUUCAAGCACCAAUGCAGUAUUAUAAUACAGACAUAAAUAAUCAUGCACAGAGCUCAGUCAUUCCUUGACUCCCUGAACCAUCUGCUGACAGUCAUUCCUACAGAGAUUGAUCCCUGAAUUGGAUUUGAUUUAAUAUGUCCUGAUUGCACAGGUGAAAUAUGUUUAAAUUGAUGCUUAACUAGCUGUGUUGUGUUCUCCUCAACAAACAUGCUUUGCUGCUACACCUCACUGAACCCACCAUACCACUGAACCCACCAUACCACUGAACCCACCAUACCACUGAACACACCAUACCACUGAACCCACCAUACCACUGAACACACCAUACCACUGAACCCACCAUACCACUGAACCCACAAUACCACUGAACCCACAAUACCACUGAACCCACCAUACCACUGAACCCACCAUACCACUGAACACACCAUUCCACUAAACACACCAUGCCACAGAAUACACCAUGCCACUGAACCCACCAUGCCACUGAACCCACCAUACCACUGAACCCACCAUGCCACUGAACCCACCAUACCACUGAACCCACCAUACCAUUGAACCCACCAUACCACUGAACACACACCAUACCACUGAACCCACCAAACCACUGAACACACCAUGCUACUGAACACACCAUUCCACUAAACACACCAUGCCACAGAACACACCAUGCCACUGAACCCACCAUACCACUGAACAUACCAUACCACUGAAAACACCAUACCACUGAACCCACCAUACCACUGAAUCCACCAUACCACUGAACACACCAUACCACUGAACACACCAUACCACUGAACCCACCAUACCACUGAAUCCACCAUACCACUGAACACACCAUACCACUGAACACACCCUGCCACUAAACACACACACAUAUACACUGUUACUUUAUCAAACUCCCCAGAAUGAUUGCUGUGGCUGGAAGAGAGGAAGUAUUGACUGACAUGGUCAGAACUUGACAAAGUACCACAGAUUAACACCAUUGAUUUCUUCAGUGGCUCUGCUACAUUAUUUUAUAGAGAGAGAGUAGCCAUUUUGGAACACGACUUAGCUGUGGAAGGAAGGGGGCGUGACUUACACACAGAAACCCCUGUUGAUUUACACAUUCACAGUCAAUCAGCAAUUGGCAAUCGUUAAUGGAAACCAUGGAAACGGUGGCUACCACCACAGCAACACAUCUUGUCUCUCUCUCUCUCUCUCAGUAGUUUGAUAUUUUAUGACGGAGGUUGUUCAGUAUCGUUGGAUGUGUAGGUCAUCGUACGUGUUGCUGUAGCCUAUAGGGCUGUCAGCAGAGAAGCCUCGUUAGGAUACUGGAAUCAGAGUCAGAGACAGCCUGCCUACAGCUACAAAGGGAACAUUUACUAGCUACACUCUCCAGCUCGGCUCUGGCUCUGUUUGUGUGGGUCUCUGCCAGAAAGAGAGCGUUCAACACUGACGCAACUGUGUCAGAUUGUUUUUCUGCCAUAGCCAGGGUGUAGGAUCCCAGUGCCAAACGUGGAACAACCUUAAACUCUUGAACAUGUUUGACAGUGAAGACAGAUACUGGGCAGAGAUAGACUCCUUACAUCAAAUAUACUGUAUCUCAUCUCUCCAUCCUCUAUGUAUAUAAAAGGGUUGAUUCUCCUGCAGUGAAACUUGUUCUUUCGUUCUCUGACCCAAUCAGCCCCUCCGUACCUGACUGAUGCUUCUGUUCUUCUUCUCCUCUAUUUCUUUGGUGUUGUAUUGACGAAGGCGCAGCACAACACGAGUCCUUGGCGGAUGGUUUGUCUCAUAGAAGGAGAGGUUUUAUAAGCCCUAACAGAUUUUUAAAAAGACAUUCAAUGUUUGUAUCGUAUGGAGAGUUUGAGAGCUGCAAAAAACAUUGAAAAGGUGUAGGAAAAACAGAUGUUGAAUAGUGGGUAGACAAUAAUGUUUUAAGUUUUACUUUUAAUUGGUUGUCAAUAUUAUUUUGAUUUAACAUUUGAAUAAAAGGGAUGUUCAGUUGGUGUUUUCAAGACUGAACACAUUUCUUCUUAAUUUGUUCUUUUUUUUCAAAGUAUUUUAAUACCAGGAUAUAAAGUGAUUAUUUAGUUUGUUCACCUGAAAACCUCACAGUACAGUUGUUUUUCUAUACAUCACUAGUGAAAGAUGUUGCUGAAUAAAACAUUUGUAAAAUACAUGGAGAUCAUUCAUGAAUCUAAAAAAAGACGGAAAUAAACUUUUGAGAAAUAAACGUUUUCUAACCAAAGUGUCUGAAGAAAGUCAUCAUGCUUUUUGUAAGAGAAUAAAGGAAUAAACUAUGUGAA